AUGGCUUUAAUUGAUAAACACAUUUUUCUUUCACUAUACUUGAUAUAUCUAUUUAUUUACCAUCCAUUAAUUGUUCAUGCGCAGUCGUAUGCGAAUGGUCCAGGAGCAUUACCAGAUGUGCCAGCAUUGCGGACAUGUAAUGGAACAGAUCUAGAUAUUCGAAAUUAUGAUGGAACUUGUAAUAAUCUUAAAUAUUCAAAUUGGGGGGCUGAUAAUAGAAUUUAUGAUCGAGGAUCUUUUCCUGCGGUUUACAAAGAUAGCUUGACUGGUGAACCUGUAAUAAAAAUAGAUGCUAGAAUGAUUUCAAACAUGUUAUCUGAUAGUGGUCAAGAACCAGUAUUCUCCGGAAGUCCUUUGACUGAUGAUAUUUUGUCUUCGACUCGAAAGUCAAUGUUCGAAGUCAUUUUUGGUCAAUUCGUUAAUCAUGACCUUGAAGAUGCUGCUACUCAAAUCAUUCCAAGAUAUGUGAUAGGUAACGUUACUAAUGAUAAAGUCUUUAGUAAUGCUGCAAGAAGUUUAUUCAACCCUUCUCAAACUCCAAACAUGAUAUCAACACUCUCAUGGGGUCGUAUAAUAAAUUCCACUUUAUACCCUGUCAAUUUUGGUAAUUCAUACCUUGACCUAUCAACAAUAUAUGGAAAAGAUAAUGAUACUGCACAUAAGCUUCGAACUCUUAAAGAUGGCAAAUUAAUUACUGAAAAUUUUAUAGGAAAUGGUGGUGCUUAUAACACUGCACUAAAUAAUUUAACUGUAGAAAAUGUCCCACCAAGUUCCGGUAGAGUAAAUAUUACUCCUAGUCUUCUACCUCCAACAAUUAAUAUUGAUGAUGCACUUGUCAGUGGUGAUGCACGUUGUUCAGAAAAUAUUCAAUUAUGCAUUAUACAUACAAUUUGGAUUCGUGAACAUAAUUAUUGGGCGGAUAAAAUAGCAAAAGAAAAACCUGAAUUAAAAAAUGAUGAAGAAAUUUUUCAAUAUGCUAGAAAAAUGACAAUUGGAGAAUAUCAAAAUGUAAUCUUUGAAGAAUAUUUACCUGCCGCGCUUGGUGUUAAAAUGCCAACGUAUUCGGGUUAUAACGAUUCAUUAUUGGCUGAUACUUCAAUUCAUUUUGCUGGUGUUGCGUUCAGAUACGGUCAUUCAAAUGUUCGACCAUAUAAUCUUAUUGAUGGAUGCACUGGUGAACCCUUUGAUCCUCAUCCUGAUUUUAAAUUCCCUGAUUCUAAUUUACAUCGGCUUUAUUUUAUGGGAAAAUCUGUCAGGGUUCCAACACCAUAUCUAGGUUUAAAUUUUACUGAUGGAUCACUUGACUAUACUCCUGUUAGUGGAAAUGGUGUCGAUAAUAUAAUCGUUAGCAUGUUGAGAGCACCAUCUAAAGAGUUUGGUUUAAUAUUUUCAACUACAUUACGAAACAUGCCUGGCGUACUUGACCUGGCAGCUAUAGAUAUUGCUAGAGGUCGUUUACUCGGUCUUCCGGAUUAUGACACAUUCCGUUCUGUAUAUCAUCCUGCGGGAAGCGUUUACAAUAAUCAAAGUUGUAAUAGAACAAGCGAGCAAGAUUCUGUAGACUGCUUUAAUGUAGUUACCAAUAACCUAACAAUAGCAAAAAAUUUACAACAGAUCUAUGAUAAAGUCAAUAGAAUAGAUCCAAUAAUUGGAAUGUUUGCCGAGAGUAAGGGUAAAACUACUCCUUUACCACCAACAAUUAGCGCAAUUAUAAAGGAAGAAUUUAUACGUAAAAGAAGUGCUGAUAGGUUUUGGUUUGAAGGAUCAAAAUAUACAAGUGAUGAAAUUGAAUUAAUUAAAACUACUACUAUGAGAGAUAUUAUUAUGAGAAAUACCAACAUUCAGGAUGUACAAAUUAAUCCAUUUAAAUCACCAGGUUCUAAAGAUAGUUUAG